CACUCGCUCGGGCCGAAACCUUUUCCUGUCCACCCGCUCACCGAUAAGGCGAUAGGCUAGCAGCGGCGCCGUCGGCCGUCGUCGCGCUCGCGCACUCCCUGCCGCUGAUCCUUCUCCCUCCUUCGCCGGCAGCCCGUUCUUCUUCCACUCCGGCGAGCUCUCCCGGAGCCCCUCUGCAUCAAUUAGACAAGGUGCACCGCCAUCUCGAGUCCCGGAUACACCAUGAGCAAUCUGACAGUGUUUCAUACCUCGAAUACUUUUAAAGUGUGCCUGCAUAUAUAGCUAAUAAUGAUAUUGUGAACAUUUUUCUAAGGAAGAAAGACAAAUGUUAUGACUAAACAUCUUCUUGCAUCUGUUCUAAAAAAAGAAAGGAAAAUGCAAGUUAUCUUGCAUUGCUGGGUACUGUAGGUCGGUGAUUUUUUUUAACCAUUAUAACAUCAAUGGUUCGUGAACAAAUUCGUGCAGGUUAUGGUACUUUUCUUGUGAGAAUAUUUCAUUGGCCAGUGAUGCCGUUCUGAUAUUGGCCAGCACUCCUAAAUGAGGUUAAGGUUGUCACCUUCACCUGCAAGAGUGAGGAGAUAGCAAUGGCGCACGCGGAAGCCGGAGGAUCUCUACCAGUGCCAAACGUGCAGGCACUUGCACAAACUUACAACAGAUCAGAUGAUCAAAUCCCUGAAAGAUACAUCAGGGUGGACGAGGCCGCUGAGGAGGUUAUCGUUGAUCACGGUACCUCUUCUGCAAUUCCAAUCAUCGAUGUCAACAAGUUGCUGGAUCCACAGUCAUCCAAAGAGGAGUGUGCGAAGCUUGGAUCUGCCUGUAAGCAGUGGGGCUUCUUUCAGGUCAUUAACCAUGGUCUACCAAAUGAAGUGAUCAGCAACUUCAGGAACGAUAUGACUGAAUUCUUCAAACAACCGCUAGAAGCAAAGAAGGUGUACUCGAUGAUACCAGGCAAUCUUCAAGGAUAUGGCCAGCACUUUGUUGUUUCCGAGAACCAAAAACUAGACUGGGCAGACUUGUUCUGUCUCGUGCUCCGUCCAGUAGAUUCAAGGGACAUGAAGUUCUGGCCAAGUCACCCUCCAUCUUUUAGGAACUCCAUAGAUAGGUACUCUUCCGAGGCAGCAAAGCUAGUAUCUUGCUUGUUGAAGUUCCUGGCCAUGGACAUGGGUGUUGAGCCAGAGUCUUUCCUGGAGAUAUUCAGAGGCCAGCCUCAAAGAAUGCGUAUGACCUACUACCCUCCAUGCAGGCAGGCUGACAAGGUGGUAGGCCUGUCACCGCACACUGAUAGAAUGGGACUGACGCUACUACUCCAAGCAAAUGAUGUUCAAGGGCUGCAGAUCCGAAAGGAUGGCAAGUGGGUCGCAGUAAACGCCCUUGAUGGUGCGUUCAUCAUCAACGUCGGAGACACACUUGAGAUUCUAAGCAAUGGUAGAUACAAAAGCAUUGAGCACAGGGCCAUGGUGCACCCAACCAGGGACCGCAUCUCAGCAGCAGUGUUCCACGCGGUAUGCCGAGAUGCGACGGUGGGCCCUCUGCCGGAGCUAGUGAAAAACGACGGUGAGGCGCGGUAUAAAUCAAUGAGCUACAUGGAGUUUGUGAAGGGCUUCUUCGCGGCAAAACUCGGUGGGAGGGGUCACGUCGAGAGCUUGAAGAAUUCAUAAUUGGCUAUGAAGCAGCGGAGAUGGAUAAUGCUUGAUCAGUAUAUAUAUGUCUAGCCUGCAUGAGGUCUUUUCUGGUGUUUUAUGUUGCUCUGUGC